GACAGUUUCAGUGAUGUCAGGUGUAAUUUGGUUUGUGGCCUAAAGUGAUCCUUCCAAGUGGCUUGUGUGAGUUCUGUGUUUUCCUGAAUAAGUAUCUGCCUUAAGGUGACGGGGCUAUAAUCUUUGCAGCAGCAAGUUUCUUCCCGGUUGAUUCGAAAAUACGAUUCAAAAUGUCUCAGAGAAAAAUGGAUCCUCCUAUGGAGGCAGCUAUAAAAAAGCCACGGCUUUCAGAUUCAACCCCAUCUGUCUCAUCUUCCUCAACACCAACAAAUUCACCACAAUCAACCUUACAAUCGUUGUCACCCGUAGAAUCAACCAGCUCAUUAUCAACUCCAAGUGACCGGAAAUUUAAAAAAAUACCAAUUUUCAUAGUAGAUUUUCACAAUGAUGUACUGGACUUCAUAUACCGUAGCUUUGCAACCCGUCAUCUGCCUCUGAAAGGAAAUACUCUUAUUCACUUCGAUUCCCACCCUGACAUGGUGAUACCCCGUUCACUGGAUCCCCAAUGUGUGUUCAACAAGUACGAUCUCCUGGAUGAGUUGAGUAUCGAAAGCUGGAUCAUGCCACCCUGCUAUGCCGGACACUUUGAUAAGCUCGUUUGGGUCAAGAAUUCAUUUUGUGAUCAGAUGCCUACGGGAAACUACGAUUUCAAUAUUGGAGAUCAUGAUGGUGAAAUUCGAGUAGAUUUGCCGUUGGACUACUUUGUUUCGGAGGGGAAUUAUUCGAAGACUGAUCAGUUGAGCAAUUCAAAGGCGCUUAAUCUCAAGGUGAUAAAUUCGGAUGACUUGAAAGACGGUGAUUUGGAAAUCCAGACUAGUGAGUCUGGUGCUGUCAUUUUGGACAUCGACUUGGACUUCUUCAGUGUAAAUAAUCCAUUCUUAGCACUAUAUAGUAAAGCAGAUAUGUAUAAGAAAUUGCAAGCAAUCUAUUCCUACGAUGAGUCAGGGAAUCGAGAUGAAGUGGCCAAUCGUCGUCGGGAACAGCUUGCAGAACUAGAAAAACUAUUCACUUACCUAGAUUCCAAGAGAACACUAGACAGCUACGAAAACACAUCGAUACCCCCGGAUCGGUAUAAGUUAAUCGUCGAUCUUGUGACCAGCAUCCGUGGUAAUUAUAACGACGAGGAGAUCGAUUGGAUACUGGUAAACAAUGCUGGAAAUACUUCUGAUAACAAUGGGCUUCCACAUCACAAGAGCACCGACGAGGAAUUGGAGAAAUAUUAUGAAAACUUUCAGAAGUUUUUGAAAGGAUUAAAUUUAGCGCCUACUAUUAUUACGAUGGCAAGAUCAACAGAAGAUGAUUACUGCCCCAAAGAUCAGGUUGAAUCAAUACAAACAAGGGUCGUGCAGAUACUUCACAAGGUAUACGGCGACAAAGUUACGGACAACCCAAUUAAAGAAUAUAAGCAAGACAAGUGGGACGUCAUGAAGCUUUAAGGUCUACUUCCAAAGAUUAAUAUAACAUCCCUGAUUAGAAACAUUUCAAAAAAUAGAAAUCCGAAAAACUUUUAUCUUCCCAAAUCAGUUUGAAAGUUCAGGAUGUUUUAUUUUCUAACAAGUGUCGGUUUUUGUUUUAUAGAAUGAAACACUA